AUGGCAGUAGUUGACCUACUUAAAACAGAUUUCAUUUGCUGCUGCUCAGUGUUGGUCAGGGAACUAAUUGAAAUUUUGGCAAUUUCAAGAAACCAAAAGCUUCCACAACCUGGAGAGGAGAGCCAGAUCCUGGAACUGCUGAUUCAGAGGGAUGGAGAGUUUCAAGAGCUAAUGAAGUUGGCAGUUGAUCAGGGAAAAAUCCAUCAUGAAAUGCAGCUUUUAGAAAAGGUAGUAGAAAAGCGGGAUAAUGAUAUUCAACAGCUGCAGAAACAACUGAAAGAAGCAGAGCACAUACUGGCAACAGCUGUUUAUCAAGCAAAGGAAAAGCUGAAAUCAAUUGAAAAGGCAAGAAAAGGUGCCAUUUCCUCUGAGGAAAUAAUUAAAUAUGCCCACAGGAUCAGUGCUAGCAAUGCUGUUUGUGCCCCUCUGACAUGGGUACCAGGGGACCCACGUAGGCCAUAUCCUACAGAUCUGGAGAUGAGGAGUGGUCUCUUGGGUCAGAUGAACAACCCAUCCACCAACGGAGUUAAUGGGCACUUACCAGGGGAUGCACUUGCAGCAGGGAGACUGCCAGAUGUGCUUGCUCCUCAGUACCCCUGGCAGUCAAGUGAUAUGUCAAUGAACAUGCUACCUCCUAAUCAUAGUAAUGACUUCAUGUUGGAGCCUCCAGGACACAAUAAAGAGAACGAAGAUGAUGUAGAAGUUAUGUCAACAGACUCCUCAAGCAGCAGCAGUGACUCAGACUAGGUACAAGAGGGACAGUAUCCCUAGUAGACCUUUCCUGUGGUGAAGGUAGGUUGGAUGCUGUUCAUCACAAACUGCAAUGUCCUUUUGCUACAGUGACAACCCUGUGCAGGGAGAAGAUAACAGCUAGCUCAGAAAUAGGGUGACUAAUUUAAACCCAUGGACUUGUAGAUUAUUUUUUUUCUAUUAGAUGUUCAAGGAAAAUGACUGGGAGCUUUCUGCUGGGGGAGAGAUGUCAGAUUUUCAGUGACUGUGUGAAUGUAUAUGUUUGCAGGAGACACAUGUGUGUAUAUAUAUAUAUGUAUUUACUAUACAUUAGAUGACAAAAGUUCCUGGGAAAAAAGGUGUAAGGGGAAUCCCCUUGUAUGUUUGUUAGUAACUUUACUCUUUUGAUGAUAGCCUUUUCUAUGCCACAGAAAUGAGACAUGAAAUUUGUAAUUU